UCCGUCGGCGCCAACAACUCGUCAUCUCUAUUGAGUCACAACUAUCUGCCGCUCAGGAGUCCGUCGCCGGAGGAGUCGUCGAGUGUCCGCUCCUAUAGUAAUAAUACCGACGAUUACAGCGACUGCGAGGGCGACGGCGAUGGACCGCCAAACAAAAUGAUGCGCCAAUCGGUGUCCAGAGUGCGCGACGGCCGCGAACUACUCCAGUGCCCGACCAUCGGGUGCGACGGUAUGGGACACAUAUCGGGAAACUAUGCCACCCAUCGCAGUCUCUCUGGCUGUCCGCACGCCGACCGGUCCGUAGUGCAGGCCCAGCACCAGGAGCUCAAGUGUCCGACAGUGGGCUGCGAUGGUUCGGGACAUAUCACCGGCAACUAUACCAGUCAUCGGAGUCUCAGCGGAUGUCCGCGGAGUAAGCAAUCAAAGAAGGGGCCACUCGUUCGCGAGAUUGAGAAACAGUCCGAUGCGGAACAGUUGCGUUGCCCAGUGGCCACGUGUGACGGAUCCGGUCAUAUAACUGGCAAAUUCACGACUCAUAGAAGUGCCUCUGGUUGUCCAGUGGCUAAUCGUAACAAAAUGAGAUCCGACUCCAUAUCCCAAGACAUGUCUCAACACAGUAUGGAAGAGGAGAGACAGGAGCGGACACUUCGACCACAGAUCAGUAAAACUGAUGGUCCGGUCUGUCCCACACCCGGUUGCGACGGCAGCGGUCACGCGACGGGCAGUUUUCUCACACACCGGAGUCUAUCGGGCUGUCCGCGGGCUAACCCGGCCAACGGUCUGUUCAAGACUAAGCCGAUGAACAAAUUGGACGAUUUGACCAAUACUAUCAAUAUAACCAACUUUUCGCCUCACAAUCCCAUGACAUACAACGGCACGCAUUACGACAGCCAUUCACUCCAUCCGGGGAUGGCUUUGGAUAAUACACACGAAGACAUGCGUGUAUUGGACGACGAGAUCACAGAAUUACAGGAAUACAACUCCAAAGUGGAGUCAGAAAUGUUGAAACUCAAGCUCGACAUCAAUCACAUGGAGGAACAGGUGAAGAGCUCCGAGAGGGAGAACCAGUCGUUGGCUCAGCGGACGGUCCAACUAAACGACUAUUACGAAACACACGAAGACAUGCGUGUAUUGGACGACGAGAUCACAGAAUUACAGGAAUACAACUCCAAAGUGGAGUCAGAAAUGUUGAAACUCAAGCUCGACAUCAAUCACAUGGAGGAACAGGUGAAGAGCUCAGAGAGGUGGCUUCUGAAGCCAAAUGUAGACAAUUUUGACUCUUAUUUAAAUAAAUUACAACAACUCUGUGUCGAGAGCUAUAAAGAGGAGAACCGAAACAUAUUCUCGUCGGUCCGGCAGGCGUUACAGGACUUUCCCGUUUCCAUACCCCAAACGCCGGGUUGGGUUCGCUCAUAGGCUUAACACCAAAUUCUAUACAUAUAUUAUAUGCACAUAAUUGUUAUGAAUUUACGAAAUUCUGUGUAGAAUUGAAAUUAUAUUUCAAAGUCUUCUUCUAAUCUAUCGCUAGUCUCUUAUAUGAAACACUUUUUGUUUAUUUAGAUUACAAUUUAAUAUAAUAUAUCCAUGUUUUGCUUGUUUUGCCAAACAAUACAUCGCUUAAAACGCAAAACAUUUUUCAAAACCAUUUUCAAAUACAGAGGUAUUAACCCUAUUAUCAAAGACAC